UUUCUCAUUUUAAACUUCCCCCAUCAGGAUUUUAAGACCAAGUAAAGAACAACACAAACAUACAGGUCCAGAGUGUCAUCGUACCAGGGGUCAACGUAUAUCUGAUAUAGCAAAAAACUACAGCUACUAAACAUGCAACUUGUUUUUCUUCUGCUCUGUUUGUUUGUUAAACCAGCUUUUCUCCUGGAGAGCCAAAGGGCCAACUUGAUCUUCCAGAUUGGAGCACCGGUCAUGCCUGCUGGUCAGACCGUCCAAAUGUAUUGUAUGGGAUCAUUUGUUGUGAACAAAUACACCUGGUACCGUCUGAACCUGACCGCAUACACAGCUAUGAACAUUAACAGCAACUUUCUGACUCUACUUGUCACCAUUGAGGACUCUGGACAAUACGCGUGUUCAGGUUAUUACAAUGGAACAGUGUACUACAGUAAUGUAGUAAACCUGACUGUGGUAGAGAGACUCUCCAAUGUGUGGGUGUCAUCCACACCCAAGGACUUGGUCACCAUGGAGGGGCAGAGUGUCACCCUGUACUGUCAGGCCACCUCCCACCCCCCCUCUGUCAUCUGGAGCUGGAGCAGGUUGGACGAGCAGGGUGGGUGGCAGGAUGUGGGCAUCGGGCGAGAGCUGACCCUGAGCAUGGCAAAGGAGAGUGGGCAGUACAUUUGCCAGGCUUACAGCAAGAUCUUGGUCCUGACGCAGCAGCAACAAAGCCCCUCCCACACAGUCUAUAUCGUCUACUUCCCCAUGACUGGCAGUGUGUAUGCAGGAGUGGCAGGGUUGGUGCUGGUUCUCCUUGCCGGGGUCUUACUGACCUUGUUGCUGCUGUGGCUCUGGAGGCAGCGGGCCAAAGAGAGGGCCGGUCAAGAGACCUUGGCCACCAAUAGUGCACCGGCCAAAGGAUUUACUGGACCUGCAAAAGCACCAAAGGGGAGGAGUCAGGCCCAGGCUGGGGAUGAGGGAGAAGUCUACAUGAACUGUGGUGAAACCAACCAAGCCUACAGCGACCUGUCCCCCGCCUACAUGACAGGGGAUGAUACCUAUGCCACCUUGGGAUGAUUCCUACGCCACCUUCAAAUCACAUAAAAUUGUAUUAGUCACAUGCUUCCUUACGAGCCCCUAACCAACAAUGCAGUUUAAAACAAAUACGGAUAACAAUAA